UAUAAAAGAACAGAGUGAACAAGACAUGUUUUUAAUUUAUUCGAACGAGAAACCUUGACCAAGAAUGAUCCCGAUAAGCUCCGCCAAGCUAAAUAGCAAACUGGCCACCAGGUCUCUUCUAAAUGAAGGUCGAUCCAACAAGAAAUCUUGCGUAUGCCUGUUGGUUGGAAUGGCUCUUGGAGUUUGCCUAGCGGGAAUUAUUUUUUAUUCUUCGCUGCCCAAUGAAGAUUACAGUAAUAAGCCGAAUAAUCUUUUAAAAAUAAUUGGAUUGGAAAAGCCACAAAACGUAAGCCAGAGUGCUACAACAAAAUCAAUAAAUCUUGCCAAAGCGUUGGAAGUGAUUAGCGUUGCGUCGACUACAUUGAACAUAAAAAGUACACAAGAAACCACAGAAGAACUUAACAACAGCGAUGAUAGCUUAAAUGAAUAGUUUGAUUGCUUUAUAUAUGAUUUAAAUUAAUUUUUUUAAUUAGAAACCUUGUAUUACUGAGUAUGAAUUUUUAUACCCUUGCAGGGUAUUAUAAUUUCAGUCAGAAGCUUGCAACGCAGUGAAGGAGACGUUUCCGACCCUAUAAAGUAUAUAUAUUCUUGAUCAGCAUCACUAGUAGAGUCGAUCUAGCCAUGUCCGUCUGUCCGUCCGUCUGUCCGUCCGUUUCUAUGCAAACAGGUCUCUCAGUUUUUAAGCUAUCUGCAUGAAACUUUCCCAAAAGUUGUCUUUCUAUUGCAGGUAGUAUAUAAGUCGGAACGAGCCGGAUCGGACGACUAUAGCAUAUAGCUCCCAUAGGA